UUUUCACUUCCACUUAUAUUUGUUAUUCUUUUAGCCUUAGGAACCUCAUGUUCUAGUUUGUUCUGUUGCUGAUUCCUUGAGCAAGAAAUUAAUCCUCACACUGAAAGAGAUUUUUUGGUUGUUUUUAAGAGUAGAGAAGCAGGAGAUGAGAAGAGAUGAAGCAACUAAUUGAAAAGAUUUGCAAUUAUGAUCCAAUCGCUUCAAGCAGAGUGUAAAGCUGAUGCUAUUUUCCAGGCAAAGUGCAUGUUGGAGACAGAAAGAACUUCUCCAUUCCGGUAGAAGUAGCCAUUAAGCAUUUAAUGAGGUCUUCCCCCUCUGCCCUCCCCACUCCCAUCUUGAUAAGAGAGAUCACUUUUCUGAAGCACCACAGUUAUCAAACUUUUCUACUUUUGAGUAUAAGGGGAGAGUAUCUCCAGAUUGUGCGCUCAGCUUCAGCUGGUAGCAGCCAAAAGAGGCAAGGAGAGAGCAUAGUAGGUCCCUGAAGGGGCACUGGUUCAGUGUUGGUUGUUGCUGAUCUGAAUGCUGGGUGCUUAAAGAAUGUGCUACAUGGGAGUAACGUGUCAAGAUUCUGGGGAAGUGUGGUGGCUUAGAUUUUAUAAAACAUGUAAUGGGAGGUUCUUAUGUAUAUGGAAAUUUUCUGUAUGGUAACAGGCCUGCUACCAUACACCAGCUAACAUGGGGAGUACUGAGCUGAAAUCCUAUGCCCUGACCUUAUAUGCUAGGAGGCUGGCCAAGAGCUGGGAGAAGUUCCUACUUAUCCGUAGGCAGCUGAUGAAAUGGAAAGUGAAAAGCAGCAGCAAAACAAAGUUGUUGGCAUGGGGAUGUAUAAACAGAAUCAGGACCCUACAUGGGAAUGCUCCAGAGAAAGAAGGGGAGUAAGCAGUGUAGCUGUGGGACAGCUGCUGGUGAGAGCAACUGGGCUGCAGUAAUUUCUGGGCAGCACCGCACCACAUAACUCUGAUUUCUUGGGCUGACAAUACAAUGAAAGUGGCAGGAAAAAAAGUGAAGAAAAAGAUAUGUGAAGAAUUUGCUAGGUAUUUUUGGAUCAGCUUGUUCACGUCUUGUGCUGUUACGUAAAGGCCAAUGGAAAGCGUGAGUCCUAUUGCACUGUCUGUGUGUGAGGAGAGGUGGCGUGGGAUGUCCAUAUACAUCUUCCCACUCAGAUUUCUUUUUUAAUUCGUGCUUCAUGGGAACUAGGGAGAAAGUACAACCGGUAAUUAAAAGAAAAAAGAAGAAGGAAAAAAAAAAAAAGAUAAUUAAUCUGUGCAGAGCAGGAGCUCUCCUAAUUUCUCCUUUUAGGGUGUGCAGGCACUUAGCUAAACCUAACAUACCCUCUUCCCUUUUGUGAAGGAGUCCGGGACAGCUCGUUCAGCCCAGGAGGGCGCUGGCGAGGCAGGCAGAGCCCGGCUGUGGGUCCAAAGAUCUGAAUCCCGCCGGGGGGGGGAGUACAGCCGCUUCAAUCCCGCUGUGUGCUUCGCUUACACGUAGGGAUCCCUGCCUCUCUAGGAAAUGUGCCAGCAGAGAAGAAAAACUGUGAACCUCAUUUUCAGAAGUAGUAAUAGCCAUAUAAACUUCCUGAGCAAUUUGACUGUAAGUUAUAGUGAGCACAGUCUUACAGUGCAUUAGCCAGUCCAGUUUGUGACUGUCACUUAUGCUCUGCAAACACUCAGGUGUCUGAGGAGGGCUCAGCCCUCCCCCUCCUUAUCUCCCCUUUAUGGGAUCCCUUCUCCACGCUGCUCCUCGCAGGCUGUUAGAGGCACUCUCUGGCUUUGUUGUGUGGCCGUGUGCCACACCAGCUUGGUGACGCUCCCGGAGCAUCUGUCCCUAAUAGGGCUGACAGCCGCGGGGCCGUAUGUCAUCGCUGCCAUAAGCCUUCCCCCCUCUCCCUGGGGGCUGGGGAGCUCCGGGGGCAGCGGCCGCAGCCACUCGGGCCGGCGUCUCCCCGCCCUGCAGCCGGGGGCUGCUGACCCUGUUAGAGGGGCCCCCACCGGGUGAGUACCAGGGCUACGGGUGGCUUUGUGCAGUGUGACGAUGGCCCUGCCUGGGCAGGAGGACUACGUGUUCGCCUACCGCGACUCAUCGCACCCCGCUUGCCUGCUGGACGCGUUCCGGGCGUUCUACUUGGACGGGCUAUUCACUGACAUCGCGCUUCAGGCCGCCUCGGGGGUCCUGCUGCAUUGCCACAGAGCCGUCCUGGCGGCUUGCAGCAGUUAUUUCAGAGCCAUGUUCACAGCCGAUAUGAAAGAGAAAUCUAAAAACCAGAUCAGGCUUCCUGAGCUCAGCCACGCCGUGCUGGAAGCUCUCGUGAAUUAUGCGUAUACCUCCCAGAUCCAAAUAACAAAGAGAAACGUGCAAAGCCUGCUGCAGGCGGCUGAUCACCUCCAGUUUGUCUCAGUCAAGAGAGCUUGUGAGCAGUUUCUGGUCAGGCACCUGGAUGCUGACAACUGCCUUGGGAUGCAUGCCUUUGCUGAGCACCACAAUUGCCUGGAACUGGAAAAGGAGUCCCGAAGGAUGUUGCUGUGGCAGUUUGAAGAAGUGUGGAAGCAGGAGGAGUUCCUAGAUGUUAGCAAGGAGAAGCUGGCUUUCAUCCUCUCCAGAGAGAACCUCAAUGUAUGGAAAGAAGAAGCAGCUGUCGGAGCUAUUGUUAGGUGGGUUGCACACAAUGUAGAGGAAAGAAUUGAAGACAUCUAUGAACUGCUGAGCUGCAUUAAACUAGACCUAGAUAACAUGUUUUUGAGGUCAGCUUUAAGCCUGCAAAAAAGAUGUCGACUUAAUGAUAAUAAGAUAAGGUCCCUUGUGUACAGUGCCCUCAACCCCAGUCCCAAAGGCCUUUCCAAAAGACCAACGGCCACCAUGUGUGUGGUUGGAGGAUAUUAUUGGCAUCCCUUAUCAGAAGUGCAUGUUUGGGAUCCUUUAACUAAUACGUGGCUCCAGGGAGCAGAAAUGCCAGAUCAUACCCGGGAGAGCUAUGGGGUCACAAGCCUGGGGCCAGACAUAUAUGUGACAGGAGGCUACAGAACAGAGAACAUCGAAGCCCUGGAUACUGUGUGGAUAUAUAACAGUGAGCGGGAUGAGUGGGCAGAGGGCUGCCCCAUGCUUGAUGCGAGGUACUACCACUGUGCAGUGUCCCUGAGCGGCUGCAUCUAUGCACUGGGCGGCUACCGGAAGGGAGCUCCAGUGCAAGAAGCUGAGUUCUAUGAUCCUUUGAAAAAGAAAUGGGUUCCUAUUGCAAACAUGAUCAAAGGUGUUGGGAAUGCCACCGCCUGUGUCCUGCACGAAGUCAUCUAUGUAACUGGUGGUCACUACGGCUACAGGGGAAGCUGCACCUAUGAUAAGAUCCAGAGAUACCAUUCGGGUAACAAUGAGUGGAGCAUCGUCACCACAAGUCCACAUCCAGAAUACGGACUGUGUUCAAUCACGUUACAAAACAAGAUCUAUUUUGUGGGUGGACAGACCACGAUCACAGACUGCUACGACCCAGAGCAGGACGAGUGGAAGCAGAUGGCUCACAUGUUAGAACGGAGAAUGGAGUGCGGCGCGGUGGUGAUGAACGGGUGCAUCUAUGUGACAGGAGGAUAUUCCUAUUCCAAAGGAACGUAUCUGCAGAGUAUUGAGAAAUACAACCCUGAACUAAACACGUGGGAAGCAGUAGGCAACCUUCCCAGUGCCAUGCGUUCACAUGGCUGCGUCUGUGUGUAUAAUGUGUAGGCAUGACAUUUUCAUAGUGCUGACAAAGGAAACAUGCAGUAUUCCUAAUGGUACUGAUUACCUCAUGAAUGAGAUGCCUAAUACAAUCUCCUAGUGCACAUUCAUUAAGGACUGUUCAAUUUGUUUUAAACAAUUCAGAAAGGUAAAUAAGGAAAAAAAAUAUUUUCAUAUGUUUUCUCUGUCAUGGAAACUUUCAAAUGACUCUAAUAAUACUUUCUGUAACUGUAUCUGACUGUGAAAAACAGAUUUAUUUUCACCAGU